AUGCCUGUGCGCGCCCAAUCCCCACCGCACACCGCUGCACGGUGUCCAGAGACCGGGACCCUUCAGCCCACUCCCCGCUGCAAUCCCCCCUUGCCUGUUCCGUCUGCCCUGGCCACAACUCCCUCCUCUCCGCAGUCCGUGGCGAAGGAACACCUAGAGCUUGCCGGAAAAGAGACUCGCGAGUGUGGCCUUGGGGGAAGACCCCAGGGAUUACCAGGAGGAGGGAUGACCUCGGAGCAGAGCCCGGUGGGUGGGGACGCCUGGAUGCCCAGCAGCGCAGCAUUCCGGGCGGACUUAGCUCUUCGCGCCCUGAAGCCUCCGAGCCCCGCGCCGCGCAGGGUGCAGCAUCCCUCCCUAGCAGCCCUUUCUUCCUCAGGCAGCCGGCGCUGGCAGGCAGGCACACUCACGCCCAGACGCACCAGCCCGAGCAAUUUCGCUCCCGGAGAAGCGCGGACACCCCAGAAAACAGCCUACCUGGUUCGGGAGAGUGUGGCUCGAUCCUUCCCCCGUUCCGCGGCGCUAGCAGGCAACGCGGCGCGCUCCCUCCUUUUAAAUAGCUCCCGACCGGGAAGAGGUCGCUCCCAUCUUCUGGGGGAAGCACAAAGCGGGCGGCGGCGGGCAGGCUCCCGUGCAGCGCCGGCGCGAGCGGGAGCGGCGGCUGCGGGCAGCCGGUGCGCGCGGGCGGGAGGCAGGCGCGGAGGCCGGGAGGCUGGGAGGGCCGGGGCCCGGGCGGCGCGCGCGCUCCCCCUCCCUCCCUCCCUCCCGCGCACACUCGCCCGCCCGCCGCCCGCAGCCUCGCACUCGCUCACACGCGCGCUCGGCCCCGCCGCGGCCCGCCGGGCCCCGGCGCCCUCGGGGACCGCCCGGGGGAAGAGCCGGCGGGUUGGUGCCGCCCCGGGCGGGCGGGGAGCCCUCCCGGCCUCCGCCGCCGCCGAGGUUUCUCGGUUUGGUCCCGGCCCUCGGCCCCGCAGUGCGUUCCGGCCGCGCGCUAGCGCUCUCUCGGGCACCCAGCCCAUCGAUUACACGCGCAGACGGGCGCUGCAACUUUUCUUUUCAACCUUCCUCGCCUCUCCCCGCAAGGCAGAACCCUAA